AUGCCUGGUGUUCCGUCGUAUCGCGGCUGUGACGCUUGUCGCAAACUGAGAAAGAAGUGUGAUGGAUCAACUCCCUGCUCAAGGUGUAAACGCCGUAAUGUCCCUUGUCAAGGCACCGGCACCGUCCGGUAUAAGUUUAAAACGCAGAUUCAGUCUCCCAAUGUGGUGGGCUUGAGACAACAGAAAAUGCUCUGGCAGUACCGUCCACUUAUUUGGAUGCCAAUCCAAACCCCAACCAAUGGAGCCAGCCGACUUGCCACUGCCUUCUCCUCCUUGAUGACGGCUGAAGAUCCCAAGUAUAAUUUGAAUUGCUUCGGAGACUGGUUUACCGGUUUGCCUUCUCGGUUCGGUGCUGAUCAGGUGCUGGAUGACGUGGCCGAUGCCUUUUUGGAGGGCCUGAUAGGCAUCUGGAUACAUGGAGGGAGGCAGACUGUGGACGCCAUGACGAAAUACGGGCGUGCGCUCAAGUCUUUGCGGGCUGCCUUAUAUGAUCCAAUUACCGUUAAAUCGCCUCAUACACUUUGUGCUACCAUUCUUUUUACAGUGUCGCGGAAUUGGUUUCUAAAUGGUUCCGAUUACCAAGUGAGCCAUAUAGAGGGCAUAGUCCAUCUAUUAAAUGCCAGUGCUGGCGAGCAUUGGGCGGAGAGGCUGGAUACUUACAUGCGCAUCAGCAUGCUUUACCCCACUGCAACAAUUAUUAAUAAUAGUGUUAGCAUAGAUUCCUGGUAUCUUAAGCAGCACGGCCCAAUCUUCGGGCCAAGCCAGCCUCCUGAUCAAGAUCACGACCAGCCUAUUGAGAGCUUGACUUUAUCCACCAUUUUAAAUAUGCCGGUUUUUCUUUCGACGCCAGAGAAUCACCUUGACUGGAUCAAGUCAUCUUAUGAGCGACUAAAGAUUGAAAUCCGUCUUGUGCAUCAACGACUUAAUGCAAUGACUGAGAUUAAUGACCCAAGUGCCCUUAAGCUAGACCAGCUUCAUGAAAUGGUCAAGUUAGAAUCAUCCUGUAUCUUCAUGUUGGCGUAUACACUUAUUCUUAGCGCAUUUUUGCUGGCAUUUGAUCCUGAGAAUAUUAUAUUACAUAGAGAGUCACGGGAACUUGCAUGGGACGCUGUCUUUACCUCGUCGCAGACUGCUCCUCACUUGCCCGUGGGUAUGGGAUUCAUACCAUACGCCUUAUUUGCUGCAUGGCUCGCCACGGAUGACCUCGAUGUUGUCAAGGCUAUCAGGGCUACACUUGUGCAGUCUGAUGUAUAUUUUGCGGACGUGAAGUAUGUGCGCAUGUUUCGUGCACUGAAACAAAGACUGAGGAGUCUACGAAAGACGAAAUUAGCAGCAUCAUCACAAAUUGAGCUGCUGCUUGAUGAGCAUACAGAGCAGAGCAUGCCACCAGACAUGGUGGAUUUUGGUUGGGACUUGAGCACCAUAUACGCACUGGAAAUAUAG